CAGGGUGGCAAAAGAGAGGCAGCGGAAAAGCAUAUGACAGUUUGUCCGGACAUGCAACUAUGAUUGGGACACAAACAGGAAAGGUGGUUGGAUAUAGUGUUCGAAACAAGACAUGUCGUAUUUGUAGCAAUGCAUCUAAAAGUGGAACUGUUCCUAAACCACAUGACUGUAGACAAAAUUGGAAUGGCAGCGCAAAGGCCAUGGAACAAGACAUGAUUGUCGAAAUGGUAAAGGAGAAAGUGGAUGAAGGGAUACAUACAGCUGCUAUUGUUGGUGAUGAUGAUGCAUCAGCUAUUUCUAAAUUACACCAGACAGUUGACCAGAAAAUUGAAAAAAGAUCAGAUAAAAAUCAUAUUAAAAAGAACCUGACCAAUAGCCUCUACCUUCUUAAGCGCACUUACCCAACUUUAUCACACAGAGUAAUCAGAUAUAUUCAAAAAUGUUGGGCCUACAUGGUAUCCCAAAAUAAGGAUAACCCAGAGGGAGUAGCAGUUGGGUUAGACGCCAUGUGGAAGCAUCCCUUUGGAGAUCAUACUCAUUGCUCGGAGUGGUGCCAGCAUAAGAAAGACCCCCACAAGCUGUACAGACAGCUCCCAUUUGGAAAGUGCCUUACUGACAAAAAUCUGCAGAAAGCGCUCGCCGAUAUCUUUUCCAAAUACAAGAGCCACUGCCAAAAAAUUUCCAAACUUGGAUCCACACAGGCCAAUGAAAGUUUAAACAACACAAUAGCAUCAAAAGCUCCCAAGAAAAAUCAUUAUAGUGGAUCUGGAAGUCUAUGGUUUCGAGUAUCUGCAGCUGUUGCGCAGAAAAACAUUGGGCACAAUUAUGUAUCUAAGGUAAAUACAAGGACUGGAUUAUCUCCAGGUGCUUACACCAAAAAGUUGGCUCUGCUUAGAGAUUUACAACAUAGAAAGAGGAAGGCACUGGACAGGACAAGAGCUGCAAAGAGGAGAAGACUGGAAUUAAAAGCCAAAAGGUUGCAAAAAAAUGCAUGCCAGGAGACCAGGGAGGGAAUAACAUACAGCUCCGAGAUUGACAUAAGUGGAGAGAAUCGAGAUGUUACAGAAAUUCCUCCUCCCAUUCUCUUUCCAACGCGAGAACCAGUACAAUUGUCCCAAGAAUAUGUUCCAGUUUAUUUCGAUUUGGAAACAACUGGAUUAGCAAGGACUUCCCACAUUACCCAGAUAGCAGCUGCAGCUGGAGAGGAACGGUUCAGUUGUUUUGUAUUUCCAAAGAAGCCCAUAUCCCCACAGUCCACAAAUGUUACUGGCAUAUCCAUCAAGGACGGGAAUAUGUACCACAAUGGCAGAAAAGUUGAUGCUUCAUCUAUUUCAACUGCAGUUGAUAUGCUGUUGAAUUUCUUUGAAAAAUUCCAUAAAAGAGUUAUUCUUGUGGGACACAAUGUUGAGUCAUUUGACUCGCCCAUUCUAAUGUAUGCUUUAGAUUCUUGCAAUAAGUUAGACUGUUUUUCUAACAUUGUUGAGGGGUUUAUUGAUACUUUGAAACUUUUUAGAAUGGAGAGGCCUGGUCUUUCUUCUUAUAGACAGGAAUUCUUAUGUGAAAACCUUGCAGGUAUAGGUUAUGAAGCACAUGAUGCUCGCAGUGAUGUUGUUUCUCUUCAAUCUUUGAUAUGUUAUCUAAAUAUUGAUGUAUUGAAUGCAAAUGCAAGCUGUAGGUCAGCAUCCUUUACAACCACAAGUGCUGUAGAUUUUUACAAGUAUUCAAAUGUUGUGCAAACAAAUUUACCAUCAUUACAACCUUUACUCAACCACAAAAUCAUCAGCUGUCCAAUUGCAAAAAAGAUUGCAGGUAGUGGAUUACAGUACAAACAUCUUGAACUUGCUUUCACUCGAGAUCCAGUAGAGGGUAUUUAUUCUUUGUUCAGUGAACAGAGUGGGAAGUCUGUCAGAGUUACAAAGUCAAAGAAAGUCAUUGCCAAACUUGUUAAUUAUUUUGCAUCAAUGAGAGAAAGUUAACUUGUACCUAGCAGUACAGUGUAGUUGUUACAUUGUGUUUUGAUGUUGUACCAGUACUUUGAUGACAUGUAUUUGUUCUAAUUUAAUGUUCUAUUGCAUUACAUGUUCUAAUGUCCUGAUAUCAAAACAUUUACAUUUUCUUUUGAAGAGAAAUGUUUCUGAAUUAUAAAUCAAAUGAAUAUAUGAGAAUUAUUUGAUUAAA